AUGCAUUUUUGGCAGCCAACAAAGAGUCCACUUUCAAAUAUAUGUCCUGCCACCAUGUCUGAGCCGAGUCUAUACAACCAGUACCCCAUCACUGCGUUACCGAGAGUGAAUGACGUUGAGAUAGAGGAAAAAUUGGUGAUUUCGCAGGUUGACACCGCCGAGGGCACCGCUUUGUCGGUGGUAGACUUUGCCGUUUCGAAAUCCAUGAUCUCAUCGUAUUUGGUAAGGCCGAGUCCAAAGCUUCUAUGGUCGUAUUCGUUGAAGCCAUCGGUGGUUGUAGACUGCAUGGACGUGAUAGCUAGGGGCGACAAGAAGUUUUAUCUAUGUGGUUUGACGGAUCGAAGGAGUUUUCAACUUUUGCUCGUGGAGACAAACUUGGGACUCACCAAGGACGGAAAUCUUGAGAUAAAUACUAGCAAGGAGUACGACUUGAAGCUAGCUGACAGGGCCACUGGGGUGAAGUUUUUAGGUCCCAACACUAUUGCAGUGGCAUAUCGCAGCGGAGGCGCCGAGAUUGUCGAUUUUCAAAAACAGCAAAAAGAAGAACAAAAAGGAGGCCUCACUUUUAGUGGAAACAAGACGAGCAGUGACGUUAAGCAAGAGGUGGUGUAUACCUCGUUCAUCAGUGACAUGGAGCUGAAACUUUUAUUAACCGUGUCCAAGAGUGAAAACAAGUUCAUCUACAAAUUAACUUCGUUGGAACAGAACAAGCCUGUAUUUGAACUCAAAAGCGUCCAGCGGGAGGAGGCAAGUCAAAACUGCAUAUUCACAUACGUGGCUGGAAUACUUUUUCGAUGCCAGGGCUCUGAGAUUGAAGCAUUGUCCAUCACCAAUUUCCAGAGCGUGCAUCGAAUGUCGGUUGAAACAAUUUUAGAAUCUGACAGCGCCUUGUCGAUGAGGGCUGUUGCUCCCGAUAGAGUCCUCCUUGGUAGUGGGAACAAGAUUUUUUUGAUAAAUGUCAAGUUCCGGGCUCUACUAGCAGAGUUUGUAUCAAUCUCAAGCUUUUCCGACCAUGUGCCUGACAAAGUGUAUGUUGGUCAAGCGAUAGCUGUCAAGGGACAAUCGCAAAACACUUGCGCGACGUCGGCGUUUUAUUUGAAUUUGAAGAACAAGGAUAACAAUUUGUACUUGAAUGUGAUUGACUUGAACGUGGGGUUGAACAAAUUGAGCGAGUGUCUUGGCAAGGGCUUGAACAAACUGAAAGAGGACAACAUGCAUAACAUGAAAGAGUUGUAUGAUGAUGAUGAUGCAACCGGAACUAUUUCAAAUGGCCAUUCAGGUGGCGCAAAAAAGACGGAGCUCCAAGAGGUUCUUGAGAGCUUGCGGGAAUCGCAAAAGUCAAGAGACAUCGCCAGUUGGGAAUCGAUUUUGAUCCCCUAUUUGAAAAACCAAAAGUCGUGGGAAGACAUUAAAAGGAAAGGAGCCAAGUCGCCAAAGAGGGACAAGGUCUAUCAAUUCAAGGAGUUUGAAGUGGAAAACGACAGAAUCGUGGAUAUCAGCUUCAUCGAGUCCUUGUUUGAGUUGAUAUUCGCCAAGAACCCGUUGAAGUUCCGAGACACGAGCUUCAUACCGGAGUACACGUUGAUGUAUUUAUUGACCAACCCGAUUUUCCCCAAAGAAUACGCCAGGGACCUUAUUCCCUUGUUGGCGUCCAUCGGAAACAAGACAUUGAUGAGACAAGCAGUCAACACCUGUUUGAAUAUUCCAUUGUGGGAUCUUCUCCAGCAUAUUCUCAAGGAUAACGAUUUGAGUGUUUUGACCGACCUCAUUAAUCGAGUUGUUUCGGAAUUUCCCACUGAGGAGAUCAACGUGACAUUCAAAAAGGUUAUUGAGUCGCAGGAUCAAAGUGUCGAUUUGAUAGAGUUGAUCAAUAAGCUUUUGGCAUCGAAAACGUAUAGCUGUUGGGUACUAGUUGAAGUUUUGAUCAACGUGAACGGGUUGUUCACGUGGAGCAACGAGAACAUUGAGAAUUUAAACAGCAUAGUCGACUCAAAGCUUCAGAAUCUUGAUGUCAAUGCCUACAACUUGACAUUGGUGGAGCAGGUGCAGUUGAAAAAGAACCAGUAUGGGAAGAGCCACCGUAGCAAUAGCGGCACCAGCAGCAGCGGCGAUGCCGAGGAUGGAAUAUUGUCUAUAACCGACCAGACGAAUUUGGCAAGCACCAAGGUGGAUGUGGUUGAUGCCAAGCUACCUCUUUAUUUGGUUGAGACGCUAGAUAUAUAG